AUGGCGAAUGCAUCUGGUUUCUUCACCCAUCCUUCGAUUUCCUCAAUGCGAACCCGAACCCACCUCCCGAUUAGCGUUUCUGGAUCUGGGUUUUGCGUUUCGAAACGAUUCUCCAAAAGGGUUAUCUGCUCUUCUAGCCUUACCUCCCUCGAUAACAAUGUUUCUCCUUCUCAAUACCGACCUCCCAGGCUAGUGCCGAGUGGCUGCAAAUUGAUUGGAUCUGGUUCAGCUGUCCCAAGUCUCCUCAUUUCUAAUGAUGAUCUCGCAAAGAUUGUCGAUACUAAUGAUGAAUGGAUAGCUACUCGUACGGGUAUCCGUAACCGUAGAGUUGUAUCAGGCAAAGAUAGCGUGGUUGGGUUAGCAGUGGAAGCAGCAACCAAAGCCCUUGAAAUGGCAGAGGUUGCUCCUGAAGAUAUUGAUUUGGUCUUGAUGUGUACCUCCACUCCUGAUGAUCUCUUCGGUGCUGCUCCACAGAUUCAGAAGGCACUUGGUUGCACAAAGAACCCUUUGGCAUAUGAUAUAACAGCUGCCUGUAGUGGAUUUGUUUUGGGACUAGUCUCAGCUGCUUGUCAUAUUAGAGGAGGUGGUUUUAAGAAUGUUUUAGUGAUUGGAGCUGAUUCUUUAUCUCGGUUUGUUGAUUGGACUGAUAGAGGAACUUGCAUCCUCUUUGGAGACGCUGCUGGUGCUGUUGUUGUUCAGGCUUGUGAUAUUGAGGAUGAUGGGUUAUAUAGUUUUGAUGUGCACAGCGAUGGAGACGGUCGUAGACAUUUGAAUGCUUCUGUUAAAGAAUCUCAAACCGAUGGUGCUUUGGGCUCGAAUGGGUCAGCGUUGGGUGACUUUCCACCAAAACAAUCUUCAUAUUCUUGCAUUCAGAUGAAUGGACAAGAAGUGUUUCGCUUUGCUGUCAAAUGUGUUCCCCAGUCUCUUGAGGCUGCCUUACAAAAAGCCGGUCUUCCUGCUUCUUCCAUUGAUUGGCUCCUCCUUCAUCAGGCAAACCAGAGAAUAAUAGACUCUGUGGCUACAAGGCUUCAGUUUCCACCGGAAAGAGUGAUAUCAAACUUGGCUAAUUACGGUAACACGAGCGCUGCUUCUAUCCCUCUAGCUCUUGAUGAAGCUGUGAGAAGUGGAAAAGUUAAACCGGGACAUACCAUAGCUACUUCCGGUUUUGGAGCCGGUUUAACUUGGGGUUCAGCAAUUAUCAGGUGGAGAUGA